GAGAUAGCGGAAAAGGAGCGAGGCUCCGCCGUGGCUAGAGGCCUAAGAUCGCCAGACCCGCGAUUCGCCCAAUUCACCCAGAUGCGACCGCACGGCUGAAGAUGAUCGACCUCGGGCGCCCAUCAUCCCUACAUUGCUGCUACGCUAACAUACCGUCCUACGAACCUCGAACCGAGCUGGAGCCCGCCUCUGGCCGACUUACCACACCCCCGGCAUCAUGACGAGACGGAUAGUCCGCACUAUAUCCCAGCUCACUGCGGCCGCCUUCAUCGCGUUCCUCCUCAUCUUCUUCCUCGACCGCAAUUUUCGCCUCCUCCCCCACGCCGUCCACGAGUACAUGCCCCAGCACCAUCACGGGCUCCUCGUCACCGAUAUAACCAUCACCGCUUGCUCCAAAGUCAACCUCUUCUCCUCCUGCAAGCUCGACUCCGGUGUCUGGCAGCGCGUCGACAAGAACCUCUACCUCGACAAGUCCUGGGUCUCGAGCGCCUACGUCCACGUCCAGCGGAAGAAAGAGGAGGACCUCACUCCCGAGGAUAGGAUCAUCGUCGACGUCACCAUCAGCCGCUUCGACCCUUCCAAGUCGGAAAAGGCACGCCCCGACGAGAAAUGGGAGUCCCGCCCGGCAGGCCUGUGGGUGCUGCGAUCAUCGAGGCGAACCGCGAGCGACUCGAAAAAGGCCAUCACGUCGGUCGAUGUCCUCUUCGGCGAUGACGCUGUCGAGGCCCGCGACGGGUGGGAGCUCCAGAACACGCCCCUACUACUCGGUGCUGGCACCGACAUACCGGUUCCCCAUCUCACCGUCCGACGCGGCAGCCCCGUCGAGCCCGUACGACCGCAGCCGCAAAUCAAUGACAAUGGGAAAUUCAAGAUAAUGCAGUUGGCAGACUUGCACUUGAGCACGGGGGUCGGUCACUGCAGAGACCCGGUCCCCGACGGCUACGAGGGCGGGCCUUGCCUCGCGGAUCCGCGGACCCUGGACUUCGUAUCCAAGCUGCUGGACGAAGAGAAGCCCGACUUGGUCGUUCUCAGCGGCGAUCAGGUGAACGGCGAUACCGCGCCCGACGCGCAGACGGCUAUAUUCAAAUAUGCGCAAUUGUUGAUCAAGCGUAAGAUUCCCUACGUAUCGAUAUUCGGUAACCACGACGACGAGGGAUCGUCGCUGCCGAGAAUGGGCCAGAUGGCGCUUAUCGAGCAAUUGCCCUACUCGCUCUCUGUAGCAGGGCCGGAUGACAUCGACGGAGUCGGGAACUACUACGUCGAGAUCCUCGCUCAGGGCACCUCGAAGCACUCUGCACUCACGAUGUACUUGCUCGAUUCCCACGCCUACUCGCCAGACGAGCGGCAGUGGAGCGGCUACGACUGGAUCAAGAAGAACCAGAUCGACUGGUUCCGGCAGACUUCAGAGGGCCUGAAGAAGAAGCAUAGGGAGUAUACCCACAUCCACAUGGAUAUCGCCUUUAUCCAUAUCCCUCUUCCCGAGUACCGGGAUCAAGACUCGCCGCACGUGGGCCCCUGGAGGGAAGGCGUCACAGCCCCCAAGUUUAAUUCGGGGUUCCGCGAUGCUCUAGUCGAGCAGGGCAUCGUCAUGGUCAGCUGCGGACACGAUCACGCCAACGAAUAUUGCAUGCUUUCGACGAACAAAACCACGAACAAACCCGAACUGUGGAUGUGCUACGGUGGCGGCGCCGGGUUCGGAGGGUACGGCGGGUACGGAGGCUUCGUGCGGAGGGUGCGGUUCUUCGAUAUCGAUAUGAACGGCGCGCGGAUCACGACGUACAAGCGGCUCGAGUACGGCGAUACCGCGGCCCGCAUCGACCAGCAGAUCAUCGUCGACGGAGGGAGCGCUAUCGCGCCUAGGCAGAAGAGGUGAACGCCGUAUAUAUAACGGGGGAUCGAGGAAAUUCUCCUCUGAUAGGAAGCUACGAACAGAUAUCACGUCGCUUUUACGCGGCUUAACGCCCACAUGCGCUGCCGGGAAUUGGGAAUCCCGCCCAAAUUGCCGCGCCACCCCAGCAGGCUGGGCGUCGA